CCCUAAUCGGAAAAUCUCUCCGCCGUAUCUCUCUCUUCAGUCAUGGCCUUCUUCGACCUAAACGUACCGUACAGCUACCCGUCCCAAUCAGGCGGGAAGGAAGCCGCCGUCGCCGUCGCAAACAAACUCCGCGUAAAGCUCGCCACGAAAGCCAUGGAGCUAGGCUACGUCGGAAUCGCGCAUAACCAUUCGAUCGGCGGCGUAAUGACGGAGAAGGACUCUUGCACGAUCCCUCUUCUCACUCUCGGAUCUCUCAUCAAAGCCGCUCCGCGAUUAUCAUCCUCCGUCGCGUUCCAUCGCGACUUGCUCGGCGUCCCUCGAUCCACUCCGUUUCGGCAGUACACGCGCGCCACCGUCAAGCUAGAGAGCAAGGCUCAGUGCCUGGGGUUGAACUCCGGGAAUCCGGUUCUGAAGAGCUAUGAUAUCGUUGCCGUUAGGCCGAUGAAUCAGUACGCGUUCGAUCAAGCUUGUACGAAAGCUGAGGUUGAUAUCAUCUCGAUUGAUUUCUCGAAUUUGCCGUUUCGGUUGAUGCAUCCCACGGUUAAAGCUGCUAUUAAGCGAGGAGUUUACUUUGAGAUCAAGUACUCUGAUCUCUUAAAGGAUGCUGAGAAGAGAAGACAAGUUAUAUCCAAUGCUAAGUUACUGGUGGAUUGGACUAAAGGGAAGAAUCUGAUUAUAUCGAGUGGUUCACCUUCAGUCACUGAACUUAGAGGUCCAAACGAUGUUAUCAACCUCAUGUCUUUGCUUGGACUCUCUACUGAAAGAGCCAGAGCUGCAGUUUCAAAAAACUGUAGGAAUAUGAUAGCCAAGAUUUUAAAGAAGAAGCGGUUUCACAAAGAAGCUGUUAAGGUUGAGUUGCUUUCUUCUAGUGAUACCUUUAGCCUCGAACAGACUCUGUCUGGUGAUUUCAUGAAAUGGGAUCCCAUCUCAAGUGGUGAAGGUGACAUGCUCUUGGAAGAUCUCGCGAAGGCUUUUGAUGCCACCACACGUGCUGUGGCGAAUAAAUCCUCUAAGGCGAUUGAUGUCACCUCUGAUCGUAAAGGCUUGCCAUCACAUGGUUUCCGGCUCACUGAUAUUCUAGGAAGUGAACCUUCGACUCAGGAAACUGCAGAUAAGAUGAUUGACGACGCACCGGUGCACUGUAAGAGUCAAGUUUCUGAUGCAUGUAUGGCUGAUUCAGAUAUACCUUCAUCUGUUGAUAAUCGUCUGGAAAACAAAACCAUUAGCCAAAUUGAGAUAUCUGAAGAUGACAACAAAGUGGAACCUACAACUAUUGUCCCCCUGAGGAAAUGCAGUACCAGCCAGAGACAGGGGCUUUCGGUGCAAGAUCAAGCAUCUGCAUCCGUUACACUGAUAAGAUGCACAAAGUCUGAUGCAGCUUCUGAUGUCAACAUGCAGACUGAGUUGGAGUCGGAAGAUAAAUCUGUAUCGCCAUCAAAAAUCGGCCACGUGGUCCCACAAAGUCUUGUUGAAAAUUUAAAGAUGGAAACUAUCCUUGUUCAUGAUCAGGUCUCACUGGACGAAGUAAGCAAAGAAGAAGCUAUUUCUGGUCAUGCUAAGAUUGAGCACUCUGUAUCAAUUGAUGGCGUUGAGAUGGAAAUCGAUGGUUCUUUGGAAGCAAAUCAUGACCAGUACAUGGAGGUGACAGUGGAAGACCAGAAGCAUGAAACAGGUGACAGUAAUAUAAAUCUUCCUAACUUAUCCUCCUCUGAGGCUACUGAUUUGCUAAGAAAUUCAGACAACUCUCUCAGUCCAGAGGCGGCUGGACAAGACCAUGACCAAGUACCAAGCUUAGACUCCAGUGAGGCGGAGCUUGGGGAAGAACCAGCAGUUCCAUACAACAACACCAUUGAAAUAUCAAUGGAAGACAAGAAAGAAAGCGGGAGAGAAAUUGAAACUAAUCAACAAGUCCAUGUCCAGUCUGAAAGAAACAAUGUCAGAAACUCAGGGAAGACACGAGCUAAGAGGAGUAGAACUCGAUUAACGCAGCUACAACCUUUGAAGCCUUUUCUACUUCAUCGUUUCAAACAAAUCAGUAAAAGACGAAAACAUAGAAGAGGUUGAGGAUAUUCUUAAACCCUAGUGAAGUUUUGCUCAUUUAAUUUAAACCCACAAGAAAUCUUUAAUUUGUUUCUAAAGUUUAUAGUUGGUUUCUUCGUGUACUCGUGCUUGAAAAAAAUCACUUUUACUUAAAAUAAUAAAAAGAAUUAAAUAAAA